GUCAGUCAGAAUCGAACGUUGUUCGCAGUUGGACGCGCACGCAGCACCAAUAAGAAUAUUAUUACACCGUUACACACUAAUAUUGUUUUACAAGUUCUUAGUUAGAAUACUAGAAGUGUUAUUAGCGUAUGAUAGUUAGAAAUAUCGAAUUCUAAUAGGAAAAAAUCCAUUGGCAAAAAAAGGAAUAAUAUUCUCCGCGGGCGGGCGUUGUGUUGAAACUGUUUUUAAUCCAAAGGUCGAAGAAAAGUUUUAUUCUGUAAUCGAAAUAAUCGUUCCUGUCGUUCGAAGUGGGAGAGUGAGAGUUGUUCCCGUCUAUAGAGUUUGGUCCUGGGUGAAAAAGGAUCUGCCUCUCCCUGGUCAGGAAUCCUGGCUGCAUGUCCCGUGAGUUUGUGGUGGAGACACGGUGACAGGAAACCCACAGACAAUAUUCGGAACCUGGAAAGGGUUUUGCUUCUGGUUUCUGGUGUUUGUCGGUGUGAGUGUGCGCCCGUUUGUCUGUGAAAGGGUCUUGUGAAUGUGAAAGGCCCUCGAGCGGUGCUGCAGCAAUAAACAGAAAUUCAGCAAACAGUGCCGCACACUAAAGAAAACUAAAAGUGUAGAAGACGAGGAAAAGGAGUCUGUCUGAGUUGUGUGUAGAAUUAUUAUCGAAAUAACCAACCAACCAACCCCGUAAAGUAUUACUGGGGGUCACCGUUGACGAGUGAGAGUGCCUAGGGAGUGUGCAACCAAGUGCCAAUUCGUACCGUACAGGAAGAAAGGGAUUACAUUUUGUAGGCAAAAGCAGUCCAAAACCUGCCAGUUGAUUUGUAUCAGUGUAAAAGUGUUAAAUUUGGGUGUUGGACACUCAGAAAGUUUAUUACAUUUGCUAAGAAAUACUUAGCCUGUGAAUAGUAAAAGGCAGGUGCGAGGGCAGUAUGUUACUACCGGAAGGUUUCCGACACGUUGGCGAUGGCCGGCUGGACAUAGACGAGUCCCGGCUGCAGCAAUUGCGGGUCCAGCAGGACUUGGCCGAGAUCUACGACAUCGAGGAGAGCUGGUUUGCAAAAGGAAAGUACGGCAUCGUUCGGCGAGCGGUCGACAAGAAAACCGGCGUCAACUAUGCGGCCAAGUUCCUGCGCCGACGGCGCCGCGGCCAGUGCUGCGCCAAGGAGAUCAACCACGAAAUCGCGGUGCUGAUGCUGUGCGCCAACUCACAACACAUCGUUCGACUACAUGCGGUGCACGAAACGCGCCAGGAAACCGCACUGAUUCUGGAACUGGCAACCGGCGGUGAACUGCAGACAAUGAUCGACAGCAAAGGGCAGCUUUCGGAAGCGAAAACUCGAACCUGUAUGCGCGAGAUUCUGCGCGCUCUGAACCACAUGCACAAACAGUCCAUCGCACAUCUGGAUCUGAAGCCACAGAACAUCCUGCUGAGUGGCGAUGACGUUGAAGAUGGCCUGAAGCUGUGCGACUUCGGUAUCGCGCGUAUCGUCGAGGAUACGGGCAAGAUAUACGAGAUCCUGGGCACCCCGGACUACGUGGCCCCGGAGGUGCUUCACUACGAGCCGCUGUCCCUGCGGACGGACGUCUGGUCGAUCGGGGUGCUUACGUACGUGCUGUUGACCGGGUGCUCCCCGUUCGGCGGAGACAACAAGCAGGAAACGUUCCUCAAUAUUACCAAAUGUUUGCUCACCUUCCCGGAGGAUCUGUUCGAGGACGUGUCGGAGGACGCGAUCGACUUUAUCAAGAGUACGCUUCAAAUCAAACCAAAGGAGCGUCCCACGGUCGAAGACUGUCUUGAACACCGGUGGCUCCGAGAAGACAGCAUCUCACGAACCAGCGAAGCGUUGGCCGCCUCCGUUACCGCACACACAGAAUCGGAAUCCCGCCCAACAUCGAACGGUCAUGUUCACAAACAAACCAUCGAAAUCGUGCUCAGCAAUGGCCAUAGUAAUGGGUACAAAUCAUCCGAAGACAAAUCGGAAGCAUCAUCCCCUGCCCCCGCCGAUCCAGUCGAGGAGGAAAUCGACGAGGCGGAAACCAACAAAGAGAACGUGUUAGUACAAAGUUCCACCCCUCAGCAGCAGCCCCAGCAUACCAGCGUCGUGGAAAUUGUGACCGUUUCGCUCUUCCCGGAUGCGCCAACCACACCGAAGGUGAGCCGCAAAGCGCCACCUUCCGAGCAACACCAGAACCACCAUCACCACCACAAUCACAACCACAGCCACCACCACAGUCAUCACAAUUCCCACAGCAAUAACAACAACAACAACAAUAAUAUUGUAUCAAACACCACGACGUCCCCAUCGGUCAAGGCGUACGUACAAAAGUUCCAGCAGCAGCACAACGACUCGCCAACGAGCGCAGCGGCGGCAGUGAUGCUGCCGACGAUGGAGAACGGUUUCUGUGCUGCGGCCGCUGCCACGCUGUGCUGUCUCAAGUGCAGCGAGGAGACGGCCGGAGCCGGAGCGACCGCCGGAUUGGCCGUGGCCGUGGCCACCGUUGCCAGCCGGAAGACGCUGCAGCCGUGCGGCGACAAGGGUAUCAUCUGCUGAGAGCCGCUCCCCUGCACCGGGAGGCUCCUGGUGCGCCGGUAGUGCCUGUCCGGUGGCGCGUCAUAGACCCCGGACAACUGUUGUAGAAUGGAUAUUUAUUAGGGAGAACGAGGAAAAAGGGGGAGGAGGCAUCGAGUGGGGACGCUUGACGCGUCGCGCUUCGGUGUCCCGGGUGUACUUAGGCGAAGGUAGUCGUCCCGACGAUGGACGUUGGCCUUCCCGUCAGACUUCUCGGUUGUAGAGAAGUGGAGCAGAAGAAAGAUAGAAAGAGCAUACGAGAAUUCGCAAAACUGCAAUCAUAUAGGAAUUGCUAUGCGCGUGUAUCAUAUUAAUAGUAAGCAGUUGCGGGAAGAUUGUUGCUUUAUAAUAUUUACGGGCGGGUUUUCUCCGUUCUCAGUAGGAUGAACCUCUUCUUUAUUUUCUGUUUUUUGAUCUGUAGUUUUGAAUUGGAACGUAUUUUUUCUUCUUCUACUUUUAUGAAUAAAAGGAAGCUAUGAUGAAA